UGCGAUACGAACCGGGCCAUUUCAGCUGCAGUGAUGUGGUGAGUGAUGGCUUGGGACAUCCAUGCACGCACCACACCCUCUCCUGGAAGCAGCACUGAAAAGUCAUACCUCCUAUCUAACCUCACCCAGCUGUUGGCUCUGGAAGAUUUUAUUCUGUUGGCCAGUGGAACAGAGUCUAUUGAAAACGACACCUUCAAAACUCUGACUACAUUAAAGACCCUAGAACUUUGGAAAAACAAAUUGAGACGAGUCCCCAGUGCUCUCCCAGCCAACCUUGAGGUGUUAAAAUUGAAUGAUAAUUCUAUAUGUGCUCUACAUGGAUCAGAUUUUGAAGGACUGAAGAACUUGAAAGUCCUUGAACUCAAAAACAACUUGAUCUCCUCCCUGUCUCCCAGCAUGCUCUCCUCGCUCGUCAGUUUGCAAAGUUUGUUGGUGGAUGGUAAUAACAUAGAGUCUGUGACUGGACCACUGAGCCUUCCGAAUCUCAAGUACAUGAGCAUGGAGAACAACAAGCUCCAUCUUAUAUCUGGGAAUGUCUUCACGUCUCUGCAGAAUUUGCAGUUCCUCAGUUUCAGUGGUAAUUUUCUGACUAAAAUUCCUAUAAAUCUACCCAAAUCCUUGCUGUCUUUAAAGAUGGAGAGAAACCAGCUCAAAGUGGUUAGGUUUCGAGAUAUGAGACACUUGGAGAACCUGUCCCAUCUUUACCUGUCGGAGAACCUCCUGUCUUCCAUAGAUGGGGCACAACUGCUGACCAACUUAACAACUCUGGAGGCUUCCCAAAACCGGCUUCAAAUGUUGCCUCCCAGGCUACCAUCAAGGUUACAGAAGCUUGACUGUAGCAGUAACUUCAUUCAGAGAGUGACAGCACCAGAAUUCCAGGACCUCAGAGACCUGAAACAUUUGUUUCUAGACAACAAUGUUGUCAGCUUGUUUGAGGCUGGGGCCCUUCAGAGGUGUUCUCAGCUGUCUAACCUGGCCCUGGAGCAGAAUCUGCUGUUGUCCAUCCCUCUGAGGCUCCCUAAGACCCUGGCCAGGCUGGACCUCAAGGGCAAUGCCAUCCAGGACAUGGCUGAAAGGGAGCUCAGGGACCUCAAACAGCUCCAGGUCCUCAACCUGAGGAACAACAAGAUCUCGGCCUUAGACCUCAAGGCACUGGAGGGCCUGCCUCGGCUCCGGCAUCUGUACCUGGAUGGAAACCCCUGGAACUGCACCUGCAGUCUCCUGCGAGCCAGGGAAGUCCUGAAGGCCAAGGGCACGGACGUGAAAGGGGACAGUGUGCAGCCCGGCAGAGCGACAGGGGAGAGCUGGAUGUCCUCCAAGAAGAUCCUGAAGCAAUGUGAGCAUCACUUAGAGCAGAAUGAGAGAGGCAAAGAGACCAAGAAGAAACCCACACCGGAAGACUCUUCCAGCAUUAGACCCAGCAUGGAUGACGACGACGACGAUUAUGAAAUAGAUUAGAGAUGAGCUUUGUUUCCCGUUUAGACAAUGAUUUUUAAUGUUCUCUGUCUUAAGCAGAAACACGCUAUCAUUUAGAUCUUGCGAGCCUUCUUUUUAUUUUUACAUGGUUCUUGUUAUUUUUGAAGAUAAAAUAAGGGUUAAGGAUUCGUUAAAAUGUGUGAGGGGGGAAAAAAAAAAAGUAGAUGUGUUUCCUGGCUUGAAACAAUCUGUGUUUUAGUCUGAAUCUGAGGCAAAUAACAAUGUGAAAUAAAAUUAUCAUUU